UAUUUAGAAUCCUAUUAUUUACAUAGGUAAGUAAAAACAUUUAUGAUAAGCGUAAAUAUAUCUUUUUAUAUGCGUUUAAUGUGAAUUUUCUGUGAUAACUUUGAUAAAAUUUCACGUACGUGACAAAAUGCAAAAAUUCAAAUUUCCCGCCCGGCACGCAUGCGCUAUUGCUCUAGCGUCUCAAGCGAUGGUGACGAUCGCCAUCUUUAUUAGUCUUAGGAGACGCGCGGGGUAGAUGUGUCAAAUCGUGAAAUCUAUUAUAACAUUUUAUAAAGAUGGUGUUUAUACAAGAAAGAUGAUUUUUAACGUUUAAACUCGAUGUAAGUAGUGCGUCGUCUUUAACGACGACGUAAAAAGAUCAUACAACUUCAAAACAUGAUUUGUGUCGGCCGAUAUAUCAGCGAACACGAGAUUUUGUGAACUGCCCUCGCUACGGUGAAAAUCCCUUUUUCAGAAUCAAACAUAUGAUAUAAGUCACCAGUAACGAUUUCUCUGAUCCUUAGUAUAUGUCAGUUUAUUUGGUGAAAGAUAAUCGAGAGUCAUAACGAAGUUUAUUUUAAGAAGAAUUUCUUGACAAUAGAUACCAUCCAUUUUGUUUAUGCAUCUUCGGCAUAUCUCGUCCCAAAAACAUUGCACUUUAGUCUCAUUCUCUCGUUUUUGAAUGUUGUUAUUUACGAAAACAUCGGGGAACGAAAUAGAUUCAUAUUUUGAAUGCAAUCGUGUUCAGAGUUAGUUGCUUUAAAUGUUUUCUACUAUUAAACGAUCGAAACGAUUUCAAUCUAUGUUUUGAUUUUGUUUAUGUAUAAUUUUUAUAGCUUUAUUUAUGUUUAUUAUCUCAUUCGUGUAAAAAUUAUUUUAAACAUUACGUCAUAUUUUUUACUUAUAGUCUUGUAACUUAUAGUUUUUUUUACUGUAACUUCUAGUAUUUUUACUUAUAGUCUUUAUAAUCUUGAUUACGAAUCGUAAUAUAUUUCAUUUUAAUAUUUAAUAUCAAUAAAUUUUAAGUGAAUAAAGUUUUCGACUAUUUCUAGAAAUUAUGUUUGUCUUCUGUUUUAGGUAUGUAAAUUGAGAAAAAAAUGGUUAGCAACAUUUCACGGGGUACUCCCCGUAUCCAGGUUUUCAGACCAACGUAUGAAGAAUUUAAAGAUUUUACCAAAGUACAUGGAAAGCAAAGGAGCUCAUAAGGCCGGCUUAGCAAAAGUGAUUCCUCCACCUGAAUGGAUCCCAAGGAAGAAAGGUUACGACUUAGAUAACUUAGAUCUCACAAUUCCUGCGCCGAUUUGUCAGGUGGUAACUGGUAAACAAGGCCUUUACCAACAAAUUAAUAUACAAAAAAAAUCAAUGACUGUCAAGGAAUAUAGCAAAAUGGCUAAUUGUGAACGAUAUAAUACUCCACGCCACUUUGAUUAUGAAGACUUGGAGAGAAAAUACUGGAAGAAUAUAACAUAUGUGGCACCUAUAUAUGGGGCAGAUGUAUCUGGUUCCUUGACUGACCCAGAUGUGAAAGAAUGGAAUAUUAAUCAUUUGGGAACAAUACUUGAUUAUGUCAACAAAGAUUAUGGUAUAUCUAUUGAUGGUGUUAACACAGCAUAUUUAUAUUUCGGAAUGUGGAAAACGACGUUUGCAUGGCAUACAGAAGAUAUGGAUUUAUAUUCUAUAAAUUAUUUACAUUUUGGGGCUCCAAAAACAUGGUAUGCUAUACCACCAGAACAUGGUAGACGAUUAGAAAGGCUAGCUAGUGGUUUCUUUCCAUCAAGUUAUCAAAGCUGUCAGGCUUUUUUACGUCAUAAAAUGUCUCUUAUUUCUCCCCAAGUGUUGAGGCAAUAUUCUAUUCCGUGCAAUAAAAUAACACAAGAAGCUGGAGAAAUUAUGAUCACUUUCCCUUACGGAUACCAUGCUGGUUUCAAUCAUGGAUUCAACUGUGCCGAAUCCACGAACUUCGCUGCCCCACGAUGGGUAGAGUAUGGUAAAAGGGCUACACAAUGUACCUGCAGUAAAGAUAUGGUUAAGAUAUCUAUGGACACUUUUGUAAAACGUUUUCAACCAGAAAGAUAUGAAUUAUGGUUACGUGGAGAAGAUAUUGGUCCACAUCCUGAAGAUCCUAAGCAGACAGCCGCGCCUAUGCCUUCUCAAAUGGAUCUUUUAUGUAGCAAUAGUAGCAACGGACAGUUGCCACAAAGUUACUUGAAUGCCGCUCCGAAAAAUAAACGACAUACUAUACAUAAAAAAAAGAAUUUAAUGGCAACAAACUCAGAUGUUGAUAUGGAAGAGUUGGUAAAUCGUUCCGAUAUUCCACCAGAUGUUAAGAAAGUGUUACAAGAUUUAGAACUGGAAGAAGUAGAUGACCAACCGGAUGAACAACAGUUGGAAGUUUUAGAAGAUAUAUGGUUGAAAGCAGGAGAAAUGGAUGUAGAUGAGGCUUCUGUAUUUGAUGAUGGUUAUAAUCGUAAAAAGAGUCGAAAGAGAAAGAGAAAGAAUACCGAUAAGGAUAAAUCGAAGUCCAAGAAGGAAUGUAACAAAAGUAUUACUGACAGUGUUACGAUAAAGACUGAAAUAAAAAUGGAAAUAGACGACAGUUUUAAUUUUUUACCCUCUGCAGAACAAAGUGCACAAUUAGAGAAUGUCGAUCAAGGAAGUUCCAAUGUUAUUAUGUCAAGGGAAAAUGUCGUUGGAAAUAUAAAAAUAGAAGAAAAUUCUGACUUGGAAGUGUCUGACAGGCCAGUGAAGAAGAGGAAGAAACAUUCGAAGUCUGGAGAGCCAAAGAAAGUCAAAUCAAAGAACAUGAGUAAAACUAAACGCAAACAUUUGGAUAUAUCUAUUUUCAAUACUAAUGAGCCUUUGGAUGUGUCUGAUGCUGACGUGCAACGGCAACUUAUGGCUAUGCCAAGUCUUAAUUUACACAAAUCGACAGUUAAUAAGGAAAUUACCAAUCAUCUAUCAGGAACAACAGUAUUCUUUGAUAACGAAGCUAGCGUGAGUCCCGUCAAAGAGAAGAAUGUUAUAAAUAUUACAAACAGCAAUCAUGUUCCAAAUUCUAUAUAUAGCGAUGCAAAAGAAAUGGAGAAGAUUUUGGAUAAUAAUGCGGACGAGCGAAUGAAUUUAUAUGCAAAGAGUACAAAGAAAAGCAGUAUAGCUACAAUAAAACCAACAUUUUCGAAGCAAAUUACAUUGAAGAAUAUUUCUCUGGAUCAAGUGAAACCCGCUAAUAAGAUUGACAAGGCUGUAGAAUCUGAAUAUAUUGGCGAGGAUACGAAUGUCACUAUACAAGAAACCAAGCCAGGCACGUACACUAGCUGCAAAAGUGUGGGAACGAUUAUAAGUGAAAGAUCGAUACUUAAUUAUCCAAAGAAAGAUAUCAUAAAAGCUCCCAGGUUGAGCGUGCUGAAAUCGGCGUACAACACACCUACAACUGAAGUGUCUCCGAAGAUUGGUUCCGAAAAGUCAACCCGAGCAGAGAGUGAUAAUCAUGUACCACAUAGAAACAUAGUAAUUUCACCAAAGACUUGGCCUAUUGCUAAACCGCGAGAACCUAAACUCUCAAAUCCAGGUGUAAUGUUUCUAAAUACUAAUUUCUCCAAUCCACCGAUUUUACAGAAAGAAAUACCCCAAGAGGCAGGGAACGAGACGAAGUCCGUGGAAACUUUAAAAUCCGUAAGCCCGUGCGCUAUUCAGAUACCACGGCUAGAAGGUAUUUUUGCAAAAAAUGCAAUUUUGGCGCAACCGCUAAAUCAAUCUGUGAUGCGUGUAACCGGAACGAAUACAGAUAUUAAGACUCUAGGGAAAAGAUCGUCCACGGAAACCUCGAAGAUGAUAGCGACAAAAUUUUGGCAGCCUUCGUCUGGCAAUAACAGCUUGUUUUUCUUGAAGGACAUGAGAGACAACAAACAAACUCACCAGAUAGUUGCGACGGUGGAUACUUCUGAAGCAUCGUUGAAUUUAACGGGCAACAACACCCUCUUCUUGGCCACAACUUCAAAGUGUACGAACAUCGCGCUGAAUUCACAGCCCUCGAUGAUGAUCGAUUUUAAUAAGAAAUAUUUACAAAGUACUGCUUCGGUACCGGGCACGGCCGGUUCUUUUGUAAAGAUUAUACCGAAAUCGCAGAAUCAGUUGCUCGCGAAAAAAUCGAUUAAUCAGAAGGAGAACACCUGCAGCAGGAAACAUCUGAAAAGCGCAGGCACGAUUGUCAGCAAGACCGUGUCAACGCAGGUAGAUGGCCCAUUGGAAGUUGCCAGUAAAAGCACGAAUAUCACGAUGUUAGAUAUUGGCACGCAGUAUACCAUAAAUCAUUCCAACACGGAUGUACAAGAUUCUCCGAAAACGAUUAUUCUUUCGCCGUUGCAACAGGAGCAUUUGCCAAACGUGACAAUAUCCGAUGAUCAAUUACAAAUUCAGAAUACACAAAAGAGUCCGGAGAGCAUGUGUACCAGCAUACCGUUGCUGAAACAGUUAACGAGUUCGAGACGGAAAUCAAAAGAAAAGCUGAAGAAGUCAAUCACCAGGAAGAAAGAACCGACAGAGACAAAGACACUCGCAACAACAUCGAAUUCGGACGAGACGAAUAUAGUCACGUGUUCCGUAGAUCAUCGCGUGUCGAUGAUACCGGGACAUAUAUCCGACAUGUUAUAUCCUAGCGUUCCGAAUAACGAUUUGCUAAAGGCAUUCAACGAUUACUGGAGUGCUCAGAUAUCUCACUGCGCAAUUUGCGCGCCAUUUACUUCGAGCUGCAACGGUCACAGCAGAUUAAUGCCACCGGACUGGAAAUAUUGUAAACCCACAGUUUUACCAGAGAGUUCACCUAUAUGGGUAUCUGCGAAUAUAUUUGUUGCAAACUCGAAGGAGCAAAUCGUUGAGCCGGAAAAUGAUAAGCUUUUACGUUGUAGAGAAUGUCAUGUCACGGUUCAUGCCUCCUGUUAUGGAAUCACUGUAUUACCUACAGAUUUGCGGAAUUGGGCUUGCGAUAAAUGCAAAGCUGGAAAAACACAGGUGAUGUGUUGUUUGUGUCCUAUGCGUGGAGGUGCUCUUAAACGAACCAGCGAUAGUAAUUGGGCACAUAUACUGUGCGCUCUUUUAUUACCUGGAGUCACUUUUAAGGAUGCUAUAAAUAAAGAUCCUAUCAAUGUGUUGACCAUAAAACCGGACAAUGUUAAGCAACAGUGCUGUUAUUGCGGACAGAAAGAUGGUGCAUGUCUCAAAUGCAGUUACUGUACCAAUUUGUUUCACCCGUCUUGUGGUCUUGUCUCUGGCGCCACGUUCACGAUACCCGUAUACAAUUCACUUGAACUUCAGGUAACAUGCGAUGGACACGACGACGGAAAAGAAAAAAUACCGCCACUUCGACAGGGAGAAAUUGUUUGGGCAAAGCAUCGAAAUACCCGAUAUUAUAAAGCUAAAGUAGAUUCCAUACACGAUACUCUAUUUUACAUGGUGACGUUUAGCGAUAACAGUUUUAGCGACGAUUUAUAUCCAUCAGAUAUUAUGAACCACGAUCCUGGAAACCCACCGCAACAAUGUGCUGCAGUUGUUGUGAAAUGGACAGAUGGUAAUUUGUACAACGGUAUCUUCGAAGGUACAAAUCAUCGGAUCAUGUAUACUGUAAGUAACGAGUAAUUCGUAAUAAUUUUACUAGUAUCUUCUUUACUAGCAUUUCUAAUUGGUAUAUUAUUAUAUGAUGUUAUAUAUUGAGCGUUUUUAAUUUUAAUGUUAGGUAAGUUUCGAAGACGGCUCGCAGCUUCCAUUGAAGCGAAACGAUAUAUACAGCUUACAGGAAGAUAUGCCAAAAAGAGUUCGGUCACGUUUGGUGAGUUUAGUGAUAAACUAAUUUAUUCGCCACGAAUACUUCAGUAGGAUUCUUGACAGUAGGAUUCUCUUUUUCUCUUUCCUUCUCUCUUUUUUUAUACGAUUCACCUUACUUUUUUUUAUUUCUGUCGUAUUUUCCUAUUUACAAUGAUUUUUUAUUACGAAUUUACGUUGACUUUUUACUGUUUUGAUUAAUUUUUUAUUGAAGUCUGUUGCGACCGAAAUGAAGCACCGGUAUCAUCUAUACGGCAUGGAGGAUGAAUCGGAAGUGCAAAGAAAGGUGAAACAGUCGAAAUAUUGUGAU